AUGGACACAGAAGGAUUAGCCAAUUACUUACUGCGACAACUAAGUCUAGACGUGGAGGAAAAUAAGCUCGAAGAUCUUCUUCAGCGGCAAAAUCGGGAUGAAGAGCCCACUCAGGAGUAUAGCAAAAAAUUACUAUUGGCAUGUGGGUUUCAAGCAAUUUUGAGGAAAAUCCUGUUGGAUGCUAGGGCAAGGGCAGCAGCAGAAGGUCUAAGGGAAGUUUAUCCCUACCAUGUCGAAACUGCAACACAGGCUUUUUUAGACAGUCAAUGA